GCUUUACAAAACAAGUCGUGCUUCUGGGAGUGCAGUGUGUCUAAAAAAUCUCAUAGUUACGCACCCAAUAUAACUUUUAUCUGAGGAAAUUCGUCACCAGUGUAGAAGACUAACCAUUUCAGUUGCCCAUCGUAAAGACAGCAUCCACAAUGUCGCUCUAUCCAUCGCUUGAAGAUAUGAUGGUCGAUAAGAUGGUACAGUCGCAGAAUACGGCCAUCGCUACAGCCGUGGCACAACAACAGCAACAGUACCAGCCGAACCCACCGUCAGCACCUGUCGAUGGUUAUGGUCUGUAUCCCAGUUUCACGAACGAAAAAUCAUCUGAGAAACCUUCAAACCCCCCGAUGGGUGGGGCGACGGGUGGUGCCUUCAUGUAUCCAGAUCUGUAUGAGUACAUGGGUCUGGAGCUUUCCAAGGAGAUGAUCCAAGCCAAUCUUCCACAAUACAUGCCACACGCCUCGAAUGCCAUCGUACCGCAGCAAUCUGCCGUUGCUAUCGUGAACAAUGCUAACAUGGUCGCACCCGUUAGCGGCCACUUCACCGGGCUGCAGCGUGGUCAAGUGACUAAUGGCAUACGUGAGCUUAUAAUGUGUAAGGGCGCGGACAAGAAAGUUGGCCUUCGGGUGCAAGCGAUCAAUAAGGGCAUUUUUGUGAGCGUGGUCGUGAAAAAUAGUCCGGCAGCAAUGGCCGGGCUGCGUUUCGGUGAUCAGAUACUGCAGAUUAACGGUACGCUGGUGGCAGGUUUCUCGAACGAUGACGUGCACAAGCUGCUGAAGAAAAGCGACAAAAAUAACAUUUCCGUAGUGGUGCGCGAUCGGCCCUUCGAGCGUGCUAUUACGCUGCACAAGGAUUCGUCCGGUAGCUUCGGUUUCCAGUUCAACAACGGUACCAUCACGGCCAUCGUGAAGGAUUCGUCGGCUGCACGAAACGGACUGCUGAUAGAUCAGCAGCUGCUGGAGGUGAACGGCCAGAACGUGAUCGCCAUGAAGGACAAGGAAAUCGGCCAACUAAUCAGUGCGUCCGAGCAGGUCAUCACGCUCACGAUCGUACCAAAGAUGAUCUACGACGUGAUGAUCAAGAAACUGUCCACCUCCUGGCUGCGGGGCAAGAUGGAUCACUCAGUGCCAGAUUUUUAAAUUUCGUAAACGUAAACAGCACAGCACAGCUACGCAAAAUCAGACAAAGUUAAACAGUUUUUCACGGUACAAGUUAUGCCAAACAUUUGUAAACGAGAACCUCAGGUGAGAAAUUUAACCCACACAGCAGCAAAAGGAAAGGAAAUAGCCCAAAUCAGUGUGGAUGUGUUAUACAGUGCACAGGAAUGAACAGGAACAGGCGAAUCUGACACAACGAUUUUACGUUGUUAAGCAAGGAAUGAAUCGAAUUGAGACAUGUUUAAGGUAUUUCGUAUUCGUUGUUACCUACCCUAAACGAUGACUUCUUCACUACCGUCUGCCAUCUAUAUUUGCAAAGCAUAUUUUAUCGUAUUAUACUUCAUAUUAUCGUAUAUUAUUCCUUCCUCCGGUAUUAUCCGGUGCACAACCCUAAUGUAUGUUAUGGUUUUAAUCAUGAAUAAAUAUUCAUUAUACUCA